AUGGCGACAACUUCAUCGAAACGGAUUUUAAUCCUCGGCGCCCCGAAAUCAGGGAAACUCACCCUGUUGAAAGAAUUAACCGGCUCUUUACCGUCUACACUCGCGUCCGCUUCAGCAACUGUAGAGGAACCUGCGUCGUCAAUCACAGAUCCGUUGACAACCACCACGGCGUCUGCACCCCCCGCCGAGGACGAUGACAAGACUGCAGAGACCGCAGAGACUGAAACAGACAGCCUACGACCGUCGCACGCAGGUCUAUCGCACAAUCUACACCUCAAGACGAAAUACUACGAAACCCACGUCCCAGUCUGGAUAGACGAGUACCACCACCCUCCCUCCUCUCCCUCUCUCUCCUCUCCCUCCUCCUCCGCGGGAAUCAAAGACUGGGCAACAGCCUUCUCCUCCAUCGAGGCGCAAGAAGUCGUCGACGCGCUCGGCGCAAUCAUCGUCACGUUCCGGAAACCGACCGACGCGAAACAAGUCGCGGACUUGCGCGCGCGCAUGGUGCGCGAGAUCGAACAUGUCCAUGGCGCGCUUGUUAAGCAGUAUAAGCGGAAAACCGCCGCGCUGGAGAUCAAGUCUGCUGCUGCUGCUGGUUUUGAGGAGGAGGACGAGGAUGAGGAUGAUGAUGAGUUUGACUUCAUCGAUUUCGACGGCAUCUGUCUCGCCGUCGCCGUCCCGUCCGCGUCCCAGCCCUCGCUCUCGUCGGCUACAUCCGCCGUCGAGCUCGAGGCCGAAGACUGGGAGGUCGCGUUCCAGCCGUUCGGGUUCGAGUUUGUUGAUCUUGAGAAAUCAGGUAGGAAUGACUACGGCGAACUGCUCGGGCUCGCGCGGAUCCGCGAGGCGCUCGAGACAUAUGGAUGGGGCGAUAAUGAGGAUGGAGAAGCGCGGAGGAGAAGGGAUGGGUAUGAGGCUUUUGACGAUGAUGAUUUUGAUGAUAGUGAGCCUGUUGUUGCGAGGCGGGGGAAUGGGGCGGGGGGGAAGGAUGAGGAUGGGGAGGAGGGUGAUCCGGAGUUUGAUCGCGAGUUGAGGGAGAUGCAGAUGGAGAUGGCGGCGCUGCAUUUCGCGAUCGACGGCGCGGCAGGGGGUGAGGAUGGGGAUGGGGAGGGCGGCAGCGAAGAAGGGAAAGGGGCGAUUCCGGAUAAUGAUAUUGAGGAGAUUGAAAGGAUUAUGCAGCGGAUGAAGGAGGUUAGAGCUCAAGGCGAUGGAUUACCAUUAGAAGAACGGCGCAAGCUGGCAGACCAGCUGGCCAACGACUUACUGCGACUGAUAUAA